AUGGCGUUCCGCAGCAUUGCAGCUCCAUGUCGGUUAUGGAGCAAUGCUGCUACCCCAGCCCUCCGCUCAGCCACCCGAGGCUUUGUGGGCUAUAGCAGAGACCAGCGAUGCGGCCUCGCCACAGCAGUACCACCCGUCACGCAGGAUGCCACGGGCUCCAAGGGACCAACUGCGAUGGUGUUUAUGAACAUGGGUGGACCAUCAACAACCGAUCAGGUGGAGGACUUUUUGAGCAGGCUAUUUUCUGAUGGCGAUUUGAUCCCCCUGGGACGUCUGCAAUCAUAUAUCGGACCUCUUCUUGCCCGCCGGCGAACCCCCAAGAUCCAGAAGCAAUACGCAGAUAUCGGCGGAGGCUCGCCAAUUCGCAAAUGGUCGGAAUAUCAAUGUGCGGAGAUGUGUAACAUAUUGGAUAAGAUUUCGCCGGAGACCGCGCCUCAUAAGCCCUACGUAGCCUUUCGCUACGCUGCUCCCUUGACGGAGGAGAUGUACAACCAGUUAUUUGAAGAUGGAUUUGGCAAUGGCAAGGGGGGUCGUGCAGUAGCUUUCACGCAAUAUCCGCAAUACUCUUGCUCCACCACUGGCAGCUCACUGAACGAGCUGUGGAAGUGGCAGAAUCGCCUGGAAGGCAAGCGUGCCAAUGGAGACGUGGACGCCACUGGCGCGAUCAACUGGAGUGUCAUCGACCGGUGGCCCACUCACCCUGGUCUCGUUGAGGCGUUUGCGCAAAACAUCGAGGCCCAGCUGAAGACUUAUCCGGAAGACAAGCGGGAUAAGGUGGUGCUGCUCUUCUCUGCGCACAGUUUGCCCAUGAGUGUUGUGAACCGAGGUGAUCCUUACCCCUCGGAAGUUGCCGCGACCGUUCACGCUGUGAUGCAGCGACUCAAGUUUAGCAACCCCUACCGCCUGUGCUGGCAGUCCCAGGUGGGCCCCUCUGCCUGGCUUGGCGCACAGACGUCAGAUACAGUGAUGAACUAUGUCAAGCGUGGACAGUCCGACUUGAUUCUGGUGCCCAUCGCUUUCACCAGUGAUCAUAUUGAGACCUUGUACGAGUUGGAUCUGGAGGUUAUGGAGGAAGCCAACAGUCCUGGUGUCAAGCGCGCAGAGAGUUUGAAUGGCAACCCGACAUUCAUCCAAGGUCUGGCCGAUAUCGCGCAUGCGCAUUUGCAGAAGAACGAGCCAUGUUCUGCCCAGAUGACCCUGCGCUGCCAGGGCUGUCGCAGUGAGCGAUGCCUCGAGCAGAAGAAAUUCUUCGCCGGCAAAGAGCUCUCCUCGCUUGUUGUGUGA